AUGAUUUAAACAUAGCCCCAUCUUCCAAAAGAGUGGAUUGAUUUCUUAGAAAAGAUUAAAAACUUAGACCCAAUUGAUGUAGAAACAGUAACUCAAUUUGUUAAAGUUCGUGUUAAUCACUUUCCAACAGACUAAUAAAUGACAGAGUACUAUGAAGAAGUAUUUUCUAAGUAAUAUAUAAUUUAUACUAUAUUUAGAUCUACAAGUGAUGUAAAUAGAAAAAAAUGGCAUUAAUAAGAUAAAAAUUUACUUAUAUGGUGUAUGACGAAGCAUUUAAUGUCAUAAAAUAGAUUGGAACUAAUUCCUGUAAUAGUUAUAAAUAUUAAUUAAGAAUGAUAAUGAUUGGGAAUACGUAUCAAAAGUUCUAUGUGUAGAAAAGAAUUUGGUGGAAUUAAAAUGGAUAUCUCUUCUUCAUUCUAAUUUAAAAAUCUCUCCUUGGUCAAAGGAAGAAGAUUAAAUUCUAAUAAGUAUUGCAAAGUAUCCUUUUUUAUUUAAUAAUAAAGUGAUCAUUAUUAUAAAAGCAAUUGGACUGAAUUAACGAUUAAAUUUAAUUCACUAUCUUCAACAUAGAGGUAUCCAAAACAAAUUAGAGAAAGAUGGAACAAUGUGCUGAACCCUGAAAUUUCUAGGUCAACUUGGAGUUAAGAAGAAAAAAUUCAGUUGCUUUCAUUGAUUUUGAAUUAUGGUAAAAAAUGGUCUAAAAUAUAAUGUGAAUUAAGAGGAAGAAGUGAAAAUUAAAUUAAAAAUUAAUACAAUGGAAUUAUUAGAAAUUUAAAAAGAUUUAAUGUAAUCAUUGUAUCUAAUUAGUAGGUCUAAGAAAGUGAAGAAAGAUUGCUAAUACAAGCAAUCAUUCAAAAUCCUAAUCAGAAAUUAAGUUUGACAGUUACAUAAUUCAUGUCAGACUUCUUAACUAGAAAAGAAACAUCAAAAAAUGUAGAAUCUCCAAAACUUACUGAAUCAUAAAUUCAAAAGAAAAUCUCCGUUGAUCCACUUCCUCAAGAAAAUGGUAUUACUGCGACAAGUAUUUUUUUUGUUGUUAUUAUAAUAGAUAUUUAAUAAGAAGAAAAACAGUAUUAAUUUGAAUAAGUCUAACAAUAGAUGCUUUAAACAUCUAUUAAAUAAAAUUUAUAAUUCUCCAUUCCUCAAUAAUAACAUUUUUAUACUAAUCCAACAUCAUCCAAUCAGUAUUUUCAUAAUAAUAUUUAUUCAAAUUAUUACAUCAAUUACCAACAAUAAAAUUAACAAUACUUGAAUUACAAUAAUUACAAUUAAAUAUAAUAGUAAAUACCAUAUUAAUAAUAUCACUAUGGAUAUUAUUAAUGA